AUGCUCGUCACGGGAAUGAACGCUGGGCAUCAGCUUUUUUACCUGACGCGAAAGCCCCCUACGUCAAUUGAAGAGGCGUUUGCGAUCGUGUUGCGUGAAGACUUCAGUGUCAUGGCUUUGCGCAUAAAAUAUUCUUCGCCUCCUCCUGCUACUCAAGAUCCUGGGCCCAUGGAAGUCGACGUGAUUGAGCACGCCACAAACUCUCGGCGUGCUCCGAACGCCAGAUUCCGGAAGCCUGUAGCACCAAAACGGCUGGUUUGCUUCCGCUGUAGUAAGCCUGGUCACCACGCGGCUAUAUGCCGUGCACCUGCACCAGUCCUUUCUGUCGCUGCGUCUGGCGUCACCGUCAGCGCUGAUCAGCCAAUAAAUGACGGCAACCGCCCCGCUGUGCACUAUGCACAGCUAAAUGCCACCACGUCCAGAAAUGAUCCGCGAUUGAUCGUGCCUAGUUUUUAUGUUGACGGUGCGUCACGUCCACUUCGCGCAUUGCUGGACUCAGGCGCGACGAACAAUGUUGUCCGCGCCGAAAGUUUACCCGUUAUCCCGUCGCGGUUGCGUGUCCACGAGUCUUGA